UGCAGGGUGUCUGCGUGCGCGCGUGCGCGUGCGCGUGCGUUUCUGUCAAUGAAUACUUCAUUGGCGAAUCAGUGAAAGGCUCUAAGUGUUGUUUUUCAGUCUAACAUGUUAUCAGGUUGUGCGAGGAGAGUUGCUCACGCCCCCAGCAAAGGAAAGACUCAAAGUGAAAGUAAGAUGUUUAUUCUGUUGAAGAGCUGCGACCUCCAGCACGACUGAAGCUGACAGAAGCUCACUGCAGCUCGGAUUCAUCAACACUAACACAGUCACUCAUCAGAUUCUUCAGUGACAGUCCUUCAAGGACAGAUGGCAGAGCAGAUCCACCUUCUGCUCCCCUCCAGAAGUUUGUGAUGAUGUUGAUGAAUCUUGAUUAAAGCGACAUGGAGUCUGAAAGAGGACUGAGCAGCAGAUGAGCCACCUGAUAGGAGUCAGUGAUGGGGGAUCUGCCAGUGAAAAGUGGAGGAACUGGUGCAACACGUGGUCAAGAGGGGUAUUCUCCUUGGUAGGAUGGUCAGAGACAAUCUUGAUAGAGUAGUACCGAGCAGAAAACAGAACCGCGCAGCUGAGACACAGAACCAGAGUCAACCGCCUGAGGAACCUGCAGGACCAGAACGAGCCCAGAGCCCAGAGAAAGUUCAACCAGAGAGCCAAGAGCCGACGGAGAGGCAGCUAGAUUUACUGAAUUGGAAAAAGCUCAACUUACAGGAGGAACCUGAAGCCUGGUGCCAGCUACCCUAUGGAGCUGACGCUGAGAGCUUGCCCACACACCUCCGUCCAUUCAGCAGCGCAGCAGAGUACAAAUUAGUGAAACACACGUACAAGCAGCUUCAACAUAGCGGUUACUACUGGGGAUCAAUGACCAUGGAGGAGGCACACGAAAUACUCGCACGAGCACCACUGGGUACCUUCCUCAUCAGAGACAGCGGCCAGCCAGAUGUUUUCUUCACUUUGAGUUACCAAAGUGAAGACGGACCGACUAGCGUUCGUGUCCAGCUGAACAACCUGCUCUUCAGUCUGUACGGCAGCCAUAAGACUUUUGCGUCAUUCUUCGCUCUGCUCACUUAUUACACCAGCUCGUCCUGUAAGCUGACGGCGCCCUAUCGCAAGCAGCGUCCAGAGCGCCUGAAGCAGAUGUGCAGGAGGGCUCUCAUGGGCUCAUAUGGAGCAGAAAGUAUAAGCACCUUACCUGGACUCAGUACUCAAGUCAAAGACUAUGUUCAUGCGUAUCCUUGUUGUAUAUAGACACACGUGUGCACAGAGUGCUUGUCGUUGUGACAAGAUGUUGUUUGUGUUAUAAGUUAAACCAAUAUUCUGUAUUGAUUAUUUGAUCUGCAAGUUAGUUUUAGGGUUAUUUGCACACAUUAUCAUUAUUUUUUACAGAGUUUUCAUGGUACACAUUAUCAUUUUUUGAUAAACAACAACACACAAAUCCUGUUUAAUUGCUGCACCACUGCGUCUAUGAUACAGAUCAGUUGUAUAGUCCAUAGAAAAUGUAAACAUUUGCUGCUGUUUAAAGCUGCAUUAAUUAAUGUUUGGCCGCUAGGGGGCGGAAAAAAUCUAAAGAAGCUGACAUUAUCAUGUUAUGACUGAAAUAUUAGCAAAAACUUAUGUCUUUCAGGCCACAUGAGGAAUUUAAGUCCAAUAUUUACUCUUCUUUUACUCUGACAUGAGCCGCCGUGAUUGCAGUUAUGUUUUUAAUCCUGUUAUCUCGAGAUUGUGAGUUAAUUAUCUCGUUAUCUCAGGACAAAAGAGUUGUUUUCUGGUCAUAAUGGGUUAAUUAUCUCAUUAUCUUGGGAAAACAAUAGGUUGGUUUAUCUGGAUAAUUGGACAAAUACCUAAUUUUCAUAAGAAAGCAACUGGUUGUUUUCUUGAGAUAAAUUAUGGCUGAAUCACAAAAUUAAUUAAACCAGCUAAUCUGCACAUUUCACACAGUAUUCAGUUAAUAAUAUCAGCAGGAUUACUGAAUUAUAAACACCUCCUUUGAAUGAAGGUAUCAUAAGAAAAUUACCCUUAAAAUAAGUAACCUAUUAUUAUGGGAAAGCAAUUUUUGUUAUCCCGAGAUAUCGAGAUAAGAUAAUUGCAACCACAGCCGCUAUCAGCUUCUGUAGUUUUGGUCUCCACCAACUCCUGAAAAUGAUCUGUCUUUACUAACUUUUUAACUAGUGAGUUACUUUAGGUAACUUUGUCUUCUGCCUCCCUGGCAGCUUAAGGGGGUUGAUGAGAGCAGCGGAGACUCAAUUAUAAAGUGCUGUAAAGUAACAAUCUGCUGAAAGAGGCUAAAAAGCUGGGCGGAGUUUUUAUUAUUUAUAUUCUCUGUGGGUUUGUCACUAAGAGCACCCAAUUCUCAUUAAAUGUAGCCAUUUAAUUCAGUUUUAAUAAAACAACAUUGAUUAAUGCAGUUUUAGAAUCUGGUCUCGGAUCAGCUAUUCAUCAGCGCUUGAAAUCAUUUUACUGUCGUCAGUCCUGUGGAACAAAUAAAUGUAGCCUACGAGAGUGUAA